AUGAAGCCUCUGACCAAAGACUGGCGAGUCACAGCCUAUGCCCUAAAUUACUCCUCCAAACUAGAAGUCAACAAGGAGGGCAACAAGGUCCGUCGCAAAGACCCAGUACCAGAGUCCCUCCUGGUUCAGGUGCCCAGCAGACUUCUGUUUAUGUGGAACAUCUCUGCUGAGCUGACCUCUAGUGGCAAUGGUGAUGAUGAAGACGUCCCUGCACCCCAGAGGAGCACUAUGGAAACUGCCAUCACUCUCCUGGAGCCCUUUGGAAGCAUCUGCACAGUGAGGGUGUUCCGGCCGGGGAAGGAGCUCCCACCAGAAGUCCAGAGGUUCGCCUACAGGUACCCUGAGCUGUGCUCCCAGGAAAGUGUUCUGGUAGAGUAUGAGGACUUGGAAGGCGCCGGCAGAGCCUACCACCAGCUGUCCCAGUCCGAGGACUUUGUGAGAGUCGUCCUGAUCGGGAUGACAUCGAAAAAGAAAGCAGGGCAUAAGUUGGGAGGCUGCGUUGAGGACAGAGGUGCCGGUAAAGGUGUAUCAAUCGCCAACCGCUGCUUGGAGCAGCACCAGUUCCGAGGGGAUGACUCUUCGGCGUGGAGUUCGUCCGGCGAAUCCGAGAUGGCCUCUCCGAUGCACAUGCCUCGGUUCUCCUCGGGCCAGGUAUGCAGGAGCCCCUGGGACAGCCCUCGCUCUAGCCCCUACCACAGCCCCAGGGUCCUCCGGACACCUCUGCCCACCCCUCCGCGGGUCUCCCCGCUCUUGGCCUCCGAGAUGUGGAGGAGCCCCGACACCAGCCCGGAUCUCAGUCGACGCAACUACGAGAACCCGUCCGAUAGCAGCAGCCUCUGGUUCCAGAGGCGUAAACUGGCAGCGGUGCAAACCUCCUCCCUGGAUGACAACAGCAGCAGUAAGCAGGGUCGUCUGGGCAUUAAGAGGGUCCUAAUGGGGGAUUCCUUGCCCCCCGGGGUCAUCCGGUUCCCCUACGGGCCAGAUGGGACAAGAGGAUUUCCCAGCUCCUUCGUAGGAAGAACACUUCAGUACACCCUCAAGACAUGA